CAUCUGUACAUGGAAUAUGAUGAGGAUGAUGAUAUUUUCUUUGCAAAAUGGAUGAGCAGCUUCUGGGGCCACAACUUGAUUGAUGAGGAGGAAGAAGGCAGAAGCCACAAGAAACGUCAGCCACGAUUCUGCAGUGAAAGGAGAGCCUCGCUACCGGCCAAGCUUUCCUCCCUCCAUACAACACGACUUCAUGCUUCUGCCAAAGGCUCAUCUUCAGGCCACCUCAGGGGCUCCAAGGAAUUUCAAGAAGACCAAGAUGUCAAGUGCCACUGCCACAGGAAGGCAAGCAGAACACCUUCAGCAGACAGCUCAUGUCCAGAGACAAGAUCAAAUUCCAUUCAGGAAUUUGCAGAGUCCUUUGAAAAGCAAUUGCAUCUCAAAAGCAAACGCUCAGUUUCUUUGCAACCUGAAGGUGCAAAAGAGAGACAAGAAAGAGAAAAAUUGCAUUUGAGAAAAAGCAAGUCUCAUAAGAAAAUGGGAGAUAAAUCAGAAGCAAGGAGAGAGCGGGAAGAAGCUGAAAGUUCAGAAGUACCUGCAAAACACAGCAAACAGUUUCCAUCACAAGGAAGCAUUCAGAAAGGUUAUGUGUGCACAGGCAGCUAG